CCGUUUCCGGCCACCUCAGCGGGAAGCGGAGACGCCAGCGGCUAGCUGUUGGGGAAGUGAGCGGUAGGUGUAACCGGCCACCGCGGGAGAAGAGAGGACGGCGACUGAGGCGGCCGGGUCUCCAUAGCCUGGGAAGAUGGUGCUGCUGACGAUGAUCGCCCGCGUAGCGGACGGGCUUCCGCUGGCCGCCUCGAUGCAGGAGGACGAACAGUCAGGCCGGGACCUUCAACAGUAUCAGAGUCAGGCUAAGCAGCUCUUUCGAAAGUUGAACGAACAGUCCCCUACCAGAUGUACCUUGGAAGCAGGAGCCAUGACUUUUCACUACAUUAUUGAGCAGGGCGUGUGUUACUUGGUCUUGUGUGAAGCUGCCUUCCCUAAGAAGUUGGCCUUUGCCUACCUGGAAGACUUGCACUCGGAAUUUGAUGAGCAGCAUGGGAAGAAGGUGCCCACCGUGUCUAGGCCCUAUUCCUUCAUCGAAUUUGAUACCUUUAUUCAGAAGACCAAGAAGCUGUACAUUGAUAGUCGUGCUCGGAGAAAUCUCGGCUCCAUCAACACUGAAUUGCAAGAUGUGCAGAGGAUCAUGGUGGCCAAUAUUGAAGAAGUCUUGCAGCGGGGAGAAGCACUCUCAGCAUUGGACUCAAAGGCUAACAAUUUGUCCAGUCUGUCUAAGAAAUACCGCCAGGACGCGAAGUACCUGAACAUGCGUUCCACUUACGCCAAACUCGCAGCGGUGGCUGUAUUUUUCAUCAUGUUGAUAGUGUAUGUGCGGUUUUGGUGGCUGUGAGGUGUAGUGAGCCUAGUCGCUGGUAAGGGAGAAUCUAGAACCCGGCAGGUGUAUGUUUUCAGGAAACUGAGCUCACAGGGCUGUGUAUUAGAAUCCAAGUGGAACUUCUGCCUCUAAAGACCCUGCAAGAAAUGACCUGUCCUGAAAAUGAAAGCUGGCGCCUCGUUUAAGGAAAGCUUAACCCAUGUGGAAGUCUCUUUGGGGGCAGAGACUUUCUCUGGGUGCUCAGCCAUAUGUAUUAGGGAACAGUAGAUUGUUUGUUUCAUUUCUUCCCCUCCCAGGAUGUUUGUAAGACAGCAGAACUGGGGCAUUCUCUUUCCCUGGUGGAGCCAUCAGUGAAUUUAAGAUAGCCACCCCCUGCUAGCAACAUCCUGAAAUUCCCCUCAAAGAAGGCGGCCUGCUGGGGGGUCUUAACUUUAAUCAACAUUCCUUUGUUGGUGACAUUUGUGAUUGACUUCCAAGUAAAACUCAAAGUACAUGAAAGUCAAUUGCUCUGCUGCACAGAUCUUGUCUGUUGGCCACUGUAGGAAGUUAGCCUUUGUUAUUUUUCUUUUAUAUUUUGCUUAUUGCACAGUUGCUUUGGGGUUAAAUCAGUUACAUUAACAUGCCUUGAAAUUAUAUAGUAUUGCUCGACUAAAAGACUGAAGUUUUUCUGUCAUUUACUCUUUUUUUUUGUUUGUUUGUUUUUAUUCUAUUUUUUGUUUUGUUGAGACAAGGUCUCUCUAACCUCAGCUGUCCUGGAACUCAUGUAGACCAGGCUGGCCUUGAAUUUACAGAGAUCUACCCGCCUCUUCAUUUACUCUUUGAGAUUUAAAAUCCCCUGGGACAUUGUUAGUCUGGAGUGUCUGGUUGGUAUAGAGUGAGUGUAGGGUAGGGUGGUCAGAGAGGAAAGGCCCAGCCAGAAUGCCAGCUUUGGCCUGCCCCUUACUCCCACUUUGUCCUCUAAUCUUUUUCUCAUUCUUGGUUUUCUUUCCACCAUGAUUUGCUUAAUUUCAUAGUUUCAUUUUUUAAGUAUCCUACGAGGAUAUUCCCAGGUUUCAAACUGUGAUGGACUCAGCAGUGUAGUUAGUUAAAUGUAUCAUCUUUGCCGGUCAACCACUCAUACAAAUACUCAAGUAUAUUAUAGAGAACAUCUCUGAGAGCCCCUAAUUCCUCUUUCGGUUCUUGUAAAUUCUGCAAGAAUGUUCUAGAGACAGAGAACUAGUGAACAGUGGCUUCUAUUAACCAAUGAAAGUACGUAAGACUUCUUUCCCCUUUUUGCUCAGGGAUAAUGGGGAUUUCACCUUUUACCUUCUAAGGUAGAAUUUUAUAAGUGGGAAGAAUAGGCCUUCUGAGUAUUAUCACAAGGGCCUACAAUAGAAACUAUAACUCCUGCAGAUACUGCAAGCAUUUCUUUAAUUGUACUGGAAAAAUGAGCCAACUUCUUAUUUGUUAACAUCUUUGGAAAGACUUUUAGUAAGCAGUUUUAUAACCCUGGGAUCAUCACGGCUGCCCUAUUCCUGGUGGAUGACAACAGCCUCACUUCCUAUGAGAAGGCCGGUAGGGAUGCUUACUGUAUUCCUGAUAAUCGCAGAACUAGAAUACAUGUUCUUCUACUCCGAACAUAAUUCUGCCAAUUAGAGUUUUGUGCAUGAAAUACAAAAUGACUUUUUGUAGAGAAUAAGUGCUUUUACGUCCCUAAAAGGCUUAUCCCAUAAAUAAUGAUGCUGGCAAUAAAAGCCUUCGGAAGACUGAAAACCUAAGUAGUUGCACCGUAGUGUCUGGUGCUUCUCUGAGAAUGGAGGGCGGCAGCUCAUUGUUGAGAGUUGCAUGCUGCAACCUAAUGGUCAGCAAUGAAAUAAAGAUUUCUAGAAUGUUC